CUUUAGAGUAUAUAAUUAAAAGUAAUUUAAAACAGAGAACAAUAAUGGCAGUCACAACAAGCAGUCCAUCGCAAUUUGAGUUAAUUAACUGGUGCAAAGGAGAAUCGGUAGAUGUAAAACAUGCCCUCCUUCUUUAUGGAGUGCCUGAAGGUAUUUCAAGGGAAGAUAUUGAAGAAACAGCAGGGACUAUCAAAGCCUUAGGAAAAGUUAAAGUCAGAGGCAAAAUGUUUCACCCUCAACAACUAUCGCUGAUGGUGUUAUGCGAGUGUCGUGAAGAGGUAGACCCCUCUAAAAUUCCCCCCGAGAUAAUGCCUAUAAGUGGCGGAAGGGGUUGGAAAGCUGUCUACUACACAGAGCCUCAGCUUGAUAACUUUGAAGAGAAGUUACUUACCUUUUUGCAGAGUGAAGGGAGAACCUUAGAGAACAUCCAAGGUCUAUGUUCCCCCACCAAAGAAGGUAACAGCAACCCUGAAGACAUCAUCCGUGCAGUCGGUGAUGUUAUGAGCAGAACGAACAAACAACCUGACAGCCACCCAUACAGACGGCUGCGGACAUUUUCUGGGGUCAGUCCCACCCCCACUGGAGAAGAGUCUUUAGACAACUGGCUGGAGCAAGCAAAACUCCUAGUAGAGGAAGGUGAGUGCUCAGACAAAGAAAAACGACGUCGGAUAUUGGAAAGUCUCAAAGGGCCCGCCUUUGAGAUCAUUCAAGCUGUGCGUCUGACUCAACCUGAUGCUAGCCCCCAUGAGUACAUAGAGGCUAUAGAGAGCAUUUUUGGUAUAGUAGAGUCCUCAGAAGAACUAUAUUUGUCGUUUAGAGCCCUCCACCAACAGCCUGGUGAGCGUCUGUCUGAGUUCCUACGAAGAUUAGAGAGAUCCCUUGUCAAAGUAGUAAAGGGAGGUGGUUUAUCUGUUAGCGUUGCCAACAGCGCUCGAUUAGAGCAGCUUAUUAGAGGGUCCACCUCUGAGAUCAUGUUGCUUCAGUUGAAAAUUAGGGAGCGGAGCAGUAAUCCCCCUACAUUCCUGAACCUGUUAAGAGAAGUGAUGGAAGAGGAAGGUCGCCAGUCAGCCAGACAAAGCCAAAUGGCACCCAUGCGUCCUCAGCGUGUACGCACCAUCCAAGCAGAAAAGGAAAAAGAAUCGGAAUCAGUUUCUCAGAGUGAACUGCGAGCUCAGAUUCAAGAGUUGAGAACACAGUUAGAGGAAAGAAACAACCCAUGGCCUCAGCCGCCAUCUGAUGAUUCCUUUAAAGGUCCUACAGAGAAACCAAAACAGAAAAAUGAGUCACAGAGUGAACUGCAAUUACUGAGGAAACAAGUGACAGCACUAGAAAAUAAAAUGAGUGUAAUGACAGUUAAGUACACAUCAGACCCCCCACGAGAACACACACCACAGACUCAUCGAUACAAAGCAGCUCUAGGCCACAAACCUGCUCCUUUUAAAGUAUCCUCUCCCAAAGACAAUGAUGAGUUUUUCUGUUAUAGAUGUGGAGAAAAUGGCCACAUAGCCACCAGAUGUAAUGCCCCUGAGAACCUCCAGAAAGUCAUCAGAAAGCUCAUACGCUUGGUGCGAGUUUCCCCUCUUCCCAACAAAGAGAACCCAAAGCCUGCAGCUGAAGAGCAUUGUGUAGCUAGAACAAAUAAGGUUGAAGUCCCAGAGAACAACACUGACUUACCUGAAGGUCUUGUAGGUCCAUCGUUUAUACACACCAUCAAAGUUAAUGAUGUGGUCUGCGAUGCUCUCAUCGACAGUGGGUCUAAUGUGACUAUUAUCUUUGAAAGCUGGUAUAACAAACACUUACCAGGUAUCCCGAUAAAACCCCUCUCCUGCCUUGGACUUUGGGGCCUCGCUGACACAGAGUAUCCUUACAAAGGGUAUAUUGUUGUUGAGAUGGAGUUUACUGAGGAGAUCACUGGUGUGUCGGGACGUGUAGAAGUGCUCGCCUUGAUUUGCCCUGAGCCAAGAAACCAACAACAAACCCCUGUGCUGGUUGGAACUAAUACAUCCCUGUUCCGCCGCUUAUGGGAGCUGGUGAAGACAAAAGGUGACAAGAACACUGUGUACUCCAUGAGAAUUCAGUCUGUGUACGCCCCUGUUAAAGCACAUGAACAGUUAGCCAAGAAUGAAAUCUUGGGACAGAUAAAGUGGAAAGGACCCGGCUCACUUUCUAUUGCUCCAGGUGCAAAGUACUAUGCAACCUGCAAAGUAGAAAGACAGAGUGCCCCGUCAAAAGACCUUGUGCUGAUCGAUGCACCCACUGCCCAGUUACUCCCUGCCGGUGUGCUGGUGCAGCCUGGUGUGCUCUCAGACACCGAUGUAGACAGCAACAGUUUCACUGUGCUCAUUCAGAACGAAUCCAAAAAGACAACUUCAAUCCCAGUGGGGACCAUCAUUGCUGAGAUGUAUGCUGUGGAUACAGUUACCCCAAUCCAGCCUUCCGACCUCACAGCUGAAACCGUAGACCCAAGUCUCUUUAACUUUGGGGACUCCUCCAUCCCUGAAGAGUGGAAGAGUCGGCUUCAGCAGAAGUUGGCUAAAAGGCGGAAUGUUUUCUCGCUGCAUGAGUGGGAUGUUGGAUUGGCUAAAAGGGUUGAACACCACAUACGCCUGCAUGAUCCCAGACCCUUCAGGGAAAGGUCAAGGAGACUAGCCCCUGCAGACAUUGACGAUGUGCGGCGGCACAUACAACAACUGCUGGCCGCUGGCAUUAUCACCGAGUCCCGUAGCCCCUACGCCUCACCGAUAGUCGUAGUACGCAAAAAGAAUGGGAGUAUAAGAAUAUGUAUCGACUACAGGACACUUAACAACCGCACCACACCAGACCAAUACACAAUGCCACGCAUUGACGACGCUUUGGAUUCCUUAUCAGGCAGCCAGUGGUUCUCAGUCCUAGAUCUGCGUAGUGGCUACUACCAGAUAGAGAUGGCUCCGGAGGACAAAGAGAAGACGGCGUUCAUUUGCCCUCUCGGAUUCUAUCAGUUUGAGCGCAUGCCACAGGGAAUCACAGGAGCGCCGGCGACGUUUCAGCGUUUAAUGGAGAAAGCUGUUGGCGAUAUGCAUUUUCUGGAAGCCCUUGUGUAUUUAGAUGACAUUAUCAUCUUUGGAAAAACACUUGAAGAGCAUGAGCAACGUCUCCUCAAGGUACUUGAUAGACUAGAGGAGGUCGGAUUGAAAGUUUCUAUUGACAAAUGUCAAUUUUGUCAGCCUCGAGUUAAGUAUGUGGGUCACAUUGUUUCUGCUGACGGAAUAGCUACUGAUCCAGACAAAUUGGAAGUAGUAAAACACUGGAAAGUGCCCACUCACCUGAAGCCUCUCAAGUCCUUCCUCGGAUUUUGCAGUUAUUAUCGGAGGUUUAUUGCAAACUAUUCUGCCAUUGUCCGUCCACUCUCCGAGCUCACCAAGGGUUAUGCCCCCACUUGGAAAGACCCCAAUUCCAAAAAGAGUGUUGACCCAAGCAAAGUCUAUUUCAAGCCAUCAGAGCCAUUUGGAGAACGGUGGACUCAAGCCUGCCAGGAGGCUUUUGAGCAGAUCCGUGACUGUUUGAUCAAUGCCCCAGUAUUGGCAUUCGCUGACCCCACUAAGAUUUAUAUCUUGCAUGUGGACGCCAGUAUGAAUGGGCUAGGCGCUGUCCUGAACCAGGAAUAUCCUGAGGGCCUCAGGCCAGUAGCUUUUGCCAGUCGCAAGCUUAAAGAUUCAGAGCACAACUAUCCAGUCCAUCAAUUGGAAUUUCUGGCAUUAAAAUGGGCUGUCGUGGACAAGUUUCACGAUUACUUGUAUGGAGCUAAAUUUAUUGUAAGAACUGACAACAACCCGUUAACAUAUGUGUUGACCUCUGCCAAACUCAGUGCAGUCGGACAUCGUUGGCUCGCUGCCCUUGCCACCUACGAUUUCACCAUCCAGUAUCGUCCUGGGAGGCACAAUAUCGAUGCUGACUUAUUGUCUCGACAAUACACUCCAGAAGAGGUCAAAGAGUGGACUAGUGUCCCACCUGCUGGCAUCAAAGCCCUCUGCAAGCGAGCCUGCAUCAGAGAAGAGGCAGAUGUGCCUGAUAGAUUGGUGGAUCAGCUGGGAGCUCCCGCCACUGCAGUACCAGAAGCUUAUGUGUUCCCAAUAGAGCCGGACUCUAAAGGUGUUGCUAAUGUGUUAGUAGUGACAGACAGUUAUACACGUUAUGCACAAGCAUUCACUACGAAAGAUCAAAAGGCUAUCACUGUUGCAAGAGUAUUGUGGGAGAAGUAUUUUGUGCACUACGGCCUACCUGCACGGAUAGACUCGGAUCAGGGCCGAGAUUUUGAAAGUCGCCUGAUCAAAGAGAUCUUGUCCAUGCUUGGGGUUCGGAAGUCAAGAACAUCCCCCUACCACCCUCAAGGGGAUGCACAACCAGAGAGGUUCAAUCGAACGCUUUUAGCAAUGCUCGGUACCCUGGACACUCUAAAGAAACAGUGUUGGAGUCAACAUAUCACCUACCUGGUACAUGCGUACAACUGCACAAAGAACGAUUCCACGGGAUACUCACCGUAUUAUCUCAUGUUUGGAAGGGAGGCAAGGUUACCCAUUGACAUCUGCUUUGGAAUCUCACCAAAUGGUGAAAGUGAAACCUCCUACCAACAGUACGUUGCCAGGAUGAAGAAAGAGCUGCAAAACGCUUACCAGUUGGCAUCUGAUUCUGCUACAAAAAAUCAUCUGAAAAACAAAGCACGAUAUGACCAGCGUGUGAGAGACUUACCUUUAGAGAAAGGUGACAGAAUCCUCAUUCAGAAUAUGGGUCUAAAAGGAAAGCAUAAACUCCAAGAUCGAUGGAAAUCAACACCGUAUGUUGUCCUGGAGAAGUUGCCUAACCUGCCAGUUUACAAGGUCAAACCAGAGCAUGGUACAGGUGUAGUCAAAACUCUCCAUCGAGACCACCUGUUGCCCAUCGGUUACAUGGUCAGGAUGUUUAACCCCUCAGAUGAUACAAACUCUGUUCGGAGACCUGUAACAAGAGCUCAACUUACCCGGAAACGUCAAAGUACCAAGUCUACUGACAAAGUAGAAGAAAGUGACACAGAGUCGUCAAGCUCAGAGUUUGAAACUGUCCCCAAUCCUCCAGAUUUUGAUGUGGUUGAGGUCAGGAGACAAAUGGACAUUGUGAAUCACCUUGUGGAAAAUGAAGAGAGUCAGAGUUUUGAAGAGAGUGAAAGCUCAGAAGAGGAUGAAAAUCCUGUGGUGGAACCAGAAAAUCAACAACUCACAGAAACAGAGUAUGAGGAACCCCAUGAAGAUGCUGCAACUCCUCUAUCAGACUCUGAUGUCCCAGACACAAAUGAUGAACCUGUGGAAGAACGACAUUUAGAAGAGGGAGCGAGCUCGCCUCAGUUAAACAGAGCCAGAAGGGAUAAAGCCGCUAAAACAGCAAGAAGUGAAAGUGAAAGGUCUUCUACAGUCCGGAAAUCUCUGAGAAAACCAAAACCACCUAUGAGAUUGACCUAUGAAAAACCUGGUUACCAGUCCUGUGAACCAGUUACCAUCAUGCACCAUGGUAUGGUUAUUCAACUCAAGUUAAACCCUCCAGACCAAGACAACGAACCAAGGAAAAAGUGCAAAACAUCAAAAAGGUUCAUGGAGGAGGAAGAGAAAAGAAAUCACCCUUCCAAGUUAAAGAGGGACAAAAGGUGUGAUGAGGACAUCUACACAUUCAGAAGAGGGAGGGUGUAGCCCUGUAUAACAAUCAUUAGGAUACAGUGCAGAAAGUUCAUUAUAAAUAGACAAGUUCAUAUUAUUAAAAAAUAGUAGUUCAAUUAAGGUUAAAUACGGGAUAAAACGUGAUACAUAUAAUAUACACAGUUAAUAAAUAGAUGUGUGGUCAUUGGGCAGUAACAAAGUCACAGCCAAUCCAUCUAGAAAGGGGAGGGACAUGAGGUGCAACGUGUGGGUUCAGCAUGCUUUGAGCAGGUGAGAGGGAGAGAGAGAUGGUCCGGAGUCCUGGAGGGAAAGUGUCGUGGUUUGGGAAACAUUGGAGAGGUGUCUCGAGGUCGACUACUCGUUGUCCUGUUGUGUGCACUUCUAUGUUGCCUGCCAAAGGAGACGGACGUCUGUGAAGGGAGAGAAACUGAGAUGGUUGCUGCUGGAUGGACCCUGUUGUUUUUCUUCUUCUCUGGAUUUGUGCCUGUGUUUGGAUUGACUGUCAUCAUCAUCAUCAUCAUCACCCCUAUCUGAGAUUAUCAUUGCCCUGUUGCUCCUCGUUUUGGACUUGUGAGUAUUUAACUGACAUGAAAUGCACGUGCUUUUAUUUUAUGCUCUGGAUUGAGUGAAGUGGCCACCACAGUUUUCAGGUCUCACCGCACCCGAGCAUCAUCACAGGCCUGCAACUGAGCCUCAAGGUUAUAUUUUCUGGAGUGGGCCCACAUAUGAUUUUCUGUUUGUAAAUUUAAACUUGAAUUGUUUUGUUUGAUUCAUAGACCUGGGUAAGGUACAUUUUUAUUUAACAUUUUAGAAAUUCAGGAACUGUUUACAGCAUUUAAAGAAACCCUGUAUUUUUUAUUUUGUGCAUUUAUUUUAUAUGGAAAAUAAACACCUGUUGACGGUUUAGAUUUUUGUAAA